UGGAGUAAAAUGAGGAUAUAUGGAAGAAGACGACAAAACAAAGAAAGGGGAAGCUGACUAGAGUAGGAAAGGAAAGAGUCAUUGUUUGUCACUUUAAGCUGUGGUACAUGAAAUUUUUAUAUUAAACCAUUUAUAUUGCCUGGGAUUUGUUGGGGAUUAACAGUUCCCAAAAUGAAGCAGUUCAUGCAGAAUUUCUCAUGCCAGCGCUAUAGUAUUUUCCAUCUUUUAUUUUUAAUCUAACAUUUCCUUUUGUUCCAUUCUCUCAGGGCAUUGUAUCCCCAUGUCCAUUGUUACUAGCAUUUCCAGUUAAUACUUGUAAAUUCUGUCUUGUCAUUUUUGUGCUAUUGUUAUCUUCCUGGUGGGUGGAUGGAUCAUGUAUAUAUGAGAGAGAACUGCAUAUUUCCUCCCACACCAAGGCUCCUAUUGUUCUCAUGGUGCUCUCAACUCAGCAGAGAAAAAAAUUUAACAAAUAAUACAGUUGCUUUUUUAUAGAGGUUUUUAGUUGUUAAUUCAUUAUUUGAAUAUAUAACGUGGCCAUGUAUGACUUCGACUAAGAUCAAAACUAUACAUAAAGCAGAUAGGCUGCAGCAGUGAUUUGAUUUAAUUUAAUUGCCUAUAGAUUAGGAAGGCGAAUAGAAAUCUGUGAAAUUAUUACAGGAGUAGAAAGGAUGAUCUCCUGUUCUUCUGCUUAGGGUAUGUAACACUGCUGCUAUUCAAGGGUGAUGGCAUUGAAAAUGAGAAAGCUUUACUCGAGUAACAGCUAAGCCUAAUGCAAGGAAUGCUGCAGGGACAUCUCUGAAAUGCAGGAGGUGUUGCCUGAGUUACACGUAUCAGCUCAGUGGCAGUUCUGCUACACUAAAACUUGGUGGUUACCCAGAUUAAUGAGAGUUAAUAUUUGAGUGAGCAAUAAGUAUUCUUACUAAGAGAGAGAACUUCUUCACAUCAGGCUAUAUACAGACCCCUUUAUGUAUGUCGACAACUCUUGUGUUGCCCUCUCAGCCCAUGAGAACAAUUUAGGAGCCCUCUGUCCAGUCUCUGACAGUUUUGCUUUUGUCUUGUUCAGAGCAAGCACCAGAAGCACCAGGCCUUUGAAGCUGAGCUCCACGCCAACGCCGAUCGCAUCCGCGGGGUCAUCGACAUGGGGAACUCGCUGAUCGAAAGAGGAGCCUGUGCCGGCAGCGAGGAUGCUGUGAAGGCACGUCUGGCUGCGCUGGCUGACCAGUGGCAGUUCCUGGUACAGAAAUCAGCAGAGAAGAGUCAGAAACUGAAGGAAGCUAAUAAGCAACAGAAUUUUAAUACUGGAAUUAAGGACUUUGAUUUCUGGCUUUCAGAGGUGGAGGCUUUGUUGGCAUCUGAAGACUAUGGGAAGGACUUGGCAUCAGUUAACAACCUUCUGAAGAAACACCAGUUACUGGAAGCUGAUAUAUCUGCUCAUGAG